AUGGAGAGAUUAUCAAAUAGAAUUUUUGAGUUAGAAAACUUGCUAAAUAACAAGAAAAUUACAAUUUCUAAAAUCAAUUUUAAUUAAAUUAAUGAUUUGAAGAUGAAAGAAUGCAUAUAAAUCCAAAAAGAAAUUAAAGUUCUUAACAUCACACACCAAAAAUUAGAAAAACUUAAUAACUAUAAUAAAUAUCAAACAAUAAGUUGAAGAGCAUUCAUAGCAAAAGAUUAAACAGAGAUUGGUGAUUUUUUGAAUAAAAUUAAUCCAAAUCUAGAGAAAUAAAUAAAGUAAAUCUAAAAUAAGCUAUAUAAUACAAAAACGAAUAAUUAAAAUGACAGAAUAAUAAAGCUCUUUUAUCAGAAAAUCAAUUCAAAAAAUAAAUCAUGCAAUAAAUAGUCAAUAUGUUAGAGAUCACACAAUUAUUCAAUAUCUGUAAAUGAGACAGGAUUUUAUGAAUAAAGAUCUAAUUGGGAAGAUUAAGUAGAAUAUAAGACAAAUUAGACAAAUCAAACUAAUCAAUCUUUAAUAUUUAAUGGUUUUCGAUAUUCUUGA